AUGAAGUUAUUCUCGUCUUCCAUUAUGCUCCUAGCCUCUGUUGCCAACUCUAUGCCAUUCGACGAGAGAGAUGCAUCCUCCUUAGCAGUGAACCUGGAGAUGAUUGGCAACACGCUUGUUAAGGCGACGAUCACCAACAAUGGCGGAUCUGAUCUGAAGCUGUUCAAGACCGGUUCACUGAUUGAUCCUGAUAUCCAAACCGAGAAGGCUGAGAUCUUCCAGAAUGGCGAGAGCAUUGACUUUGAAGGCGUUUAUGUCGAAAUCUCUAUGGAGGACGUGGACGACACCGACUUUGAAGCUCUUCGCGUUGGGCAGACCCUUGAGACCACUUUCGAUGUCGGUGAAACCCACAACCUUAUGCCGGCGGCAACUUCUCUCUGA